UACAGAAUUCUGGUAACUGGUAAGGGCGUUAGGGCCAAACAGCCGUUUUUGGCUUGCUGGGCUGGGACUAACAAGUAAGCAAGUUUGAAGGUCUGAAGCAGUCACACCAUCCACCUGUCUCCUGGACGGGCGGGGUCUUUUGCUCGUCUCGUCGUCGGGUUUUUGUUUCCUCAACUGGCAUCUCUCAACCGAGUAAUCCACCACCACAGAGCGCGACUGACUUUUUCUCAAUUCUCACAAGUCACAACCUCACUACGUUUAAUCAUCUCAUCCUCAUCGGCGAUUCUCCUUCGCACUUUUCGUUGUCUUGUUCUUUGAUUCGACCCCAACAGACAGACAGCCAGACUUACUGACGGAGACGAUGAACGAUCUUCCAGAUCGAAUGGACGAUCCCUUCAUCCGAAACUAUCAAACCUCAGAACUGCAGAUCGCAGCCGAGUUUCUCACGACUUGGCUUCCCUUCCUCACCAGAGAUCUCUGCCCCAAUUGUACUCACAUCCUUUCCGAUCGUGUCCGUUCUAUCGAUCCAGAGCUUUCUGCUGAUCCCGAGCACUCACACUCGGACGAAAAUCUUGCUAAUUCCAAUCCAACUCAGCCGGAAUUGCACGAAAAAUCCCACGAUAAUCAUGAUGAUUGCGACAAUCAUUCGCUCGGGAGCUGGAAAGAUGGAGACAACGGAUGGUCAGAACAUAUUGAAGAUGUCUCGUCGAAUGGAACGCCAUCCGAGCCUGCAAUAAUUACUACUCCAACUGCACGCAUGUCUUGGGCCGAUAUGGCACAAGAGGACGAGCUCGAGGAAGAGGAGGGGGAGGACGUAGAGAAAGAAGGAAACAAGCAUUCUUCGGGGACUGAAAGUCUUCCACCGGAGAAGGUGGAGUUAGGAUCCAACGUGCAGAGAAAGCCUUCUUUGUCAAGGGAGCGAAGAGAGUACCUUAGAUUUAUGAAUGUCCAGAGGAAGAAGGAUUUCAUUUGCCUGGAGAGAAUCAACGGAAAGAUUGUUAACAUUCUUGAUGGUCUUGAGCUUCACACUGGUGUUUUCAGUGCUGCAGAACAGAAGAGGAUAGUUAAUUUUGUAUAUGUCCUCCAAGAGAAGGGAAAGAAAGGAGACUUAAGAGAGCGUACAUAUACUGCACCACUGAAGUGGAUGAGGGGCAAGGGACGUAUGACCAUUCAAUUUGGAUGCUGUUAUAAUUAUGCUAUUGAUAAAAAUGGGAACCCACCAGGCAUUCUUCGUGAUGUAGCUGUAGAUCCUAUACCUCAUCUUUUCAAGGUGAUCAUAAGGAGGUUGGUUGGAUGGCACAUUAUUCCUCCUUCUUGUGUACCUGACAGUUGCAUUGUCAACAUCUAUGAAGAAGGGGACUGCAUACCACCUCAUAUUGACAACCAUGAUUUUGUACGUCCAUUUUGCACAGUAUCAUUUCUUAGUGAGUGCAAUAUAAUGUUUGGGUCCAGCUUAAAGGUUGUGAGCCCUGGCGAGUUUUCUGGUCCAAUUGCAAUUCCACUGCCUGUAGGGUCUGUACUUGUAUUGAAUGGAAAUGGAGCAGACAUUGCUAAACAUUGUGUCCCGGCGGUUCCUACCAAAAGGAUAUCAAUCACAUUCAGGAAAAUGGAUGAAUCGAAACGUCCAUUUGACUUCGUUCCUGAACCAGACUUGCAAGGGAUCCAACCACUGCCCUAUGAUUUAGAUGAGUCAAAGAAGUUGAAUCCUUCCAAGCCACAGUCUCAGAUGAAACGUCAGUCAUUUGUAAGAGAGGGUUUUUCAGAUAAAGAAAAGGCUUUUGAUGGGAGAGGCACGGCUUCAGAGCCACGCCACCCUCGUAAUCGGUCACAGCCUACAAAUAGGCGAAGGGUUAGGGUGAGUUUGGGUAAUUGAUGGUGCAUGCAAACUUGUUGCAGGUUAUCCAACCCAAGUUUUUUUUUUUUUCUUUUUCUGUUGGAAUUCCUUUCAUGUAUCAUAUAUAUUGGGUAUGGAAAGAGAGGUUUGUCUGCGGCCUGUCAAACUUGUAUUUUUGGGCAUAUUAAUUAUUAUUUCUGUUGAUUUUGUUUUAUACAAAGAGGUAACUGAGGGCACCUAGUUAGUUAUUGACAUGUAGACGAGUAAUGUAAUGACCUUCAACUUCAAGUUCUUUUAUCACAGUGUGAAGAACUGAAGACGUUUGGAAAAGAAUCGUUUACUGGGCCUCUACUAUCCAUGUGGUGCACGUGCACCUGAAGAUGAUUAAGAUCA